AUCGCAUCGCGACCGUUGAGCAAAGUGGACGUGUUUUCGUCGCAAACUAGCGGUAUCAAUCGUGAGUGAGUAGUGAAGUGCAUUUCCGCCCGCCGCACCCCUCCGUCGACGGAUCUUCCGCCAGGGUCCGGUUUUCAUUCGAUUUCCGUUGAGUGUGUGUUUGUGCGUGGUAUAUUUUUUGUAUCUCUUUUGCCUUCCACGGGAACGGCACGAUGGCUUUCGGUUUUGGGUCUCGCUCUGGGACGUGUUUUCGGCUGUGUGGAAGCAAUGUGAAUCCCGUGAAAGUUGAACGGCUCCAAAACAACGCAGCUUCGCUUUAGGGGUUGAAUUUCGUGAAAAAUUAAAAUUUUCAGAAUCCAAUAGGAAAAACGUCAAGUGCGGAGCAGUUUUAUUACAUUUUAGUGCGGAAUACUGCGCGUAUGUUUUCCCAUAAGCGUAGCGCCCCAAUCUCGAGUUAUUGCUGUAGUGGUGAGCGAUUCGUAGUUGUGUAGUGCUGCUGGAGGAAAAAUAAAAGAGUGACACCGAAGAAGCAUAAGCAGAGAAGAGAGAGAAAAGGAAACAAAAUAAGCAAACAGCGAACCGCCACCGUCUUCUUCGGUCAUCGUCAUUCAAGACGAAAGGUGUGUUGUGUUGUGUAGUGUGGAAGCAGAUAGCAGCAGAUACCAAUCUUCUCGGAGUAGCUGUAGGGAGAAUCAACAGCAGCAGCAGAACCUCGCCGGAAUAGCUAAUAAGUGUUCCGAGCCGGCUCUUUGGGUGAGUGUGUCUAACUACCCCCUACCACCACCACCACCACCACCACCACUGCUGGUGGCCUGGCGGACGUCAGGAUAAAACAAAAUUGAACCCGAGCCAACAGCAAUCAUCCUCUUCCGCUUGGCGGCACUCGUUCGGAUUCGUCAACCACGGCCAGCAGCAGCGCCAUGCCUGCCGAGUCCAAAACGGCGGAAGCGGCGCCAGCCACCAAUCCGAGCACACCGAAAAAGAAGCCAGCCUCCUCGUCCGGCAAGGCGGCGCUCGCCAAAGUCACAGUCCUCGAUGGAUCGAUACUGGAAGUUACGAUCGACCGCAAAGCUCGCGGUCGAGACCUACUGAACUCAGUCUGCGCCGGGUUGAACAUCAUCGAGAAAGACUACUUCGGACUGACAUACGUCACGGCAGCAGAUCCACGGGUAUGGCUGGACCUCGAACGCCCCGUGGCCAAAUUCUUCCGUUCCGAACCGUGGGAGAUGAACUUCGAGGUUAAAUUCUACCCUCCGGAGCCGGCCCAGCUGCAGGAGGACAUCACCCGGUACCACCUGUGUCUGCAGGUUCGCAAUGAUAUCCUCGAGGGCCGACUGCCGUGUUCGUUCGUGACACAUGCCCUGCUCGGGUCGUACCUGGUGCAAUCGGAGCUGGGCGAUUACGAUCCCGACGAGAUGAAGGAUCGCUCGUACCUGAAGGAGUUCAAGAUCGCCCCGAAUCAGACGCCGGAACUGCUGGACAAAGUGAUGGAUCUGCACAAGACACAUAAGAGUCAAACCCCAGCCGAAGCCGAGCUGCAUUAUCUGGAGAAUGCGAAAAAGCUGGCCAUGUACGGAGUUGACCUACAUCCUGCCAAGGACUCCGAGGGGGUCGACAUCAUGCUGGGGGUUUGUGCGUCCGGAUUGUUAGUCUACCGGGAUAAACUCCGAAUCAAUCGCUUCGCAUGGCCCAAAAUCCUGAAAAUCUCCUACAAACGCAACAACUUCUACAUCAAAAUACGACCGGGAGAGUUUGAGCAGUACGAAUCUACAAUCGGGUUCAAGCUGGAAAACCAUCGGGCUGCCAAGAAGCUGUGGAAAGCCUGCGUCGAGCAUCACACCUUCUUCCGGCUGAUGACACCGGAACCGACGUCCAAAUCCGGCUUGUUCCCCCGGUUGGGUUCUAAGUUCCGCUACUCGGGACGAACGCAUUACGAGACACGCAAAACGCCAGUUGACCGACCGGCACCGGACUUCAAGCGAAGUCUCACCGGAAAGCGACUUUCCAGUCGAAGCAUGGACGCCCUUGGUCAGCAAGAGAAGGAACGAGCCGCCCUCAAGGACCCGAACAAGGAUGCCAACAAGCGACACACCAUGUCACAUCCACCGGAUCACAUCCCGGAUCUGGAAUCGCCAACUCGUGGCUCCCGAAGUCCCAUCAAGAAGGAGAAGAAGGAACGCAAACCGAUCGGUGGCAUCGCUGUCCUGCCGGGUGCCGGAAAGAAGGACAAGGAACAAGCCAAGGAACCGGCCUCGCCUGUUAAGGAGGAAGGUGUCAAUGGAAAUAACGGCAACCAGGAAGCGCUGAAUUCUUCCGCUGAAGAGAAGACCUCUCCUGGUGGCAAGCGAAAGGGUUUCCUGUUCUCGUCGGGUCGUAAAUCGCCCAAGGAUAAGAAAACUCCUGGUGCUACGGCAACGCCGGUGGCCACUACCAAUGGCGACGGUGGCAAGAAGGAGCAACUGGCAGCACAGACUCAGGCUCAACAGCAGGCCCAAAAGGAUGCUGGCAAGCCAGGUUUUACCAAACCGUACGAGUAUUCUGAGAACGAGCAGGACACCAGUCCCAAUAAGAAGAACGUUAAAACACGUGGCUUCCGAUACGAUGAGGAUCCUUCGGCACAUGCCAGGGACAAGGAGGAAGCGCAGCUCAGUCCGAAUUCGCAAAGUCGACGUGCCACCGGUUUAGCCUUCAACUAUGCCCCGGGAGAGGAUGAGAAGGUACGCGAAUCGGUAGAGAAGCGAAAAGUCCCAGGAUCGCCACAAGCUGAUGACUCCAAGGACAAGCUAUCGCCCAAGACCGGUGGCAGAGGACUGGCGGGAGAAACCGAUGCGGAGAAGGGUGUUAGAACCAGUGCACGAUCGUAUUCUCCCAACAAGGGCAAAGUGGUCGAUCCACUUGCUAGUGGAGCUGGAUCGUUCCGUCCACUGGAUGACGGUCAGGCAGAUCCUAACGCUGCAUUCAUCAAGGGAGAACAAGUUGCUGGUAUAGUUCCGGUUGUUGCGGGACCACCAGAACCAGCCAAGAAGAAGGUAAAGAUUAUGGUGAUCAUUUCGAAGUUCGAUCCCAAAACCAAGAAGGUCGAUACGGCCAAUGGAGUGGUGGAACACUCGACAGGAGUGCUGGACACAAAGUCUGGUCUGAUAGAGAGUAAAUACGGAGUUAUCGAUCCCAAAGCCGGAACGGUUGUUAACUUCAAUCAGAGAACCGGUCAGAACGAAACGUUCCAGGGACAGACCGAUCCGAAGACCGGCCAGAUCCAUGUUGUUAGUGGAGUUGUUGAUCCCAGCACUGGUAAGGUGGACGAUAGUCUUGGUCAAGCUAUCAUUGUGGCUCCAGAUGAUGAUUCCAUCGUGGAGAUCACGACUAUUACGGGUAAGGUUGAUCCGAACACCGGUAAGGUUGAUACUACCAAUGGCGAUGUGGAGAGGACUCGCGGUAUUCUGAACAGUAAGACCGGAGUUGUAGCAACGAAAUAUGGUGACAUCAAUCCUAGGACAGGAGAAUUGAGGACCGUUGAUCCGAAGACAGGAAAAUCCACCAGUCGAAAUGUGGCGGUCGACAAAGACAAUGGUCAGAUCACGAUCGUUGGAGUUACUGAUCCCAAGACCCAUAAGGUCGAUAACAGCCAAGCUCACUUGGUGGCCAUAGGCAAUCAGGUAGAUCCAGUCGUUGAAGUCACUUCAGUUCUGGGUAAGCUGGACAAGAAGGGCAUUGUUGAUCCCAAGACCGUGACGUUCGAUAAGAGCACAGGUCAGUUGGAUACCAAGGACGGCAAGAUCAACACCAAGUACGGACAGUUUGAUUUGGUCAAACACACCGUUACGUUUGUAGACCCGAAAACGGGUAAAACUGAGACCAAGGAGGUCAAGAUCGAUCCUAUUACAGGUCAGGUGCUGCUGAAGAAUCAAGUCAAUCCGAAGACCGGAAAAACCGACAAAGACUUCGGAAGGAUCGUUUCGAUUCGCAUUGUACAGAACCGUAUUGACCCAGCUACUGGUAAGCAUGUAUCCACGGUCGAAGAUAAGGACAUCCGCGUUGAUCCUAAGACAAACCAAGUGUGGGUUCCGGAAAGCAAAGACCCAAGAACCGGUGAGACGAUCUACACUUCCAGUCAAGUUGAUCCAAAGACAGGCUACGUCAUCACCAUCUACGGAUAUCUGAAUCCUAAGACCAACGAAAUCGAGAAACAGACAAAACUCGAUCCAAACCUAACCAAGGUGGAUCCCACAACCGGGCAGAUUUACGCUGCAACCGGUCAAGUGGAUGAAGCCACCGGUGAACCAUUAUUCGCCGCCACGCAAAUCAACGAAGAAAACGGAGAAAUCUACACCAAGGUCGGCAAGGUAGACCCGAAGACUGGCAAGCUGGUCAUAAUCAAGAUUCUCAUUCUGACAAAGAAGGAUGAACGAGGAAAACCAGAAGAGGUCGACAUCAACGGAGUGGAUCUAGACCCAGUGACCGGUCGAAUCAACAAUAUUGCCACCAAGACCGUGUACGUGUACAAGAUGCGCGAUCCGAUCACCGGAGAAACCUACCAGGUGGAUCCCAACGACCCAAGUAUUGCCGGAGCCCGGACAACCGUUACCCAGACCAUGACUCUAAGCGGUGAAAUCGAUCCAGUCACCGGACGAAUCAAAUCCGAAUGGGGCCACAUUGACCCGAACACCGGCGACAUCGAUCCCGCCACGGCCAUCCGCGACCCGGUCACCGGUAAACUGAUUCUCAACUACGCCGACAUCGAACCCAGCCACUUUGGCAAGAACGUAACGGUCACCAAGGAAACGGUUCCCAUCACGCGGGAGCAGUUCUACGAAGGCAUCAAGCAUCUGGGCAAGAAGGCCAUCCGGCGGGACUCGGAAAGCUCCGACGACGACAUGGCACAGUAUGACAGCGAACAGCUGAAGGAGAUCAGCUCGGGAACGCCACGGGCCGCGGGAGCUGCCGGUGGAAAGUACGGCACGCCUACGGUGGUGAAAACGACAACGAAGCAGGUUAUCACGAAGAACGAAGACGGCGUAACGCAUAACGUGGAGGAAGAGGUGCAGAAUCUGGGAACCGGACAGAUCGUGUAUUCUACACAGGAGCAUAAGGCCGACGCCCCCAGCGACAUUCAGGGCAAGUUCCUGACGGCGACGGCCGUCACGACGCGUACCGCCACCACCCACGAAAAUCUCGAAAGCAACGUCAAAACCCAGCAGCUGGAGGAGAAAACCGUGGCCACCACCACAACGCAACGGGGCGAACAGCAGGAACAGCGAGUGGUCACCCAGGAGGUCAAAACUACCGCCACGGUUACCAGCGGAGAUCAGUUCGCUCGCCGCGAUAGCAUUUCGUCGACGAGUUCCGGCGAUUCCGGAACCCCCAUCGACGGUCCCUACGGCGAGGAGGACGACUCGACGGUCAUCUACAACAAGAGCUACACGGGUGUUGAUGACGUUGCUGGAGCAUCGAAGAUUCCAUCCGGUCCGAAUGUGGAGCAUCAUCGGGUGCUGCUGGACGAUUCACAGGAAGGUGUUACGGCCGAAGGCGAGAUUGUAUCCUCCCAGACGGUUAGCAGCAAAACGCGAACGGUGGAAACCAUUACCUACAAAACUGAACGAGAUGGAGUGGUCGAAACGCGUGUCGAACAGAAGAUUACCAUCCAAUCGGAUGGCGAUCCGAUCGAUCACGACAAGGCGCUGGCUGAAGCCAUUCAGGAAGCAACCGCCAUGAAUCCGGACAUGACUGUGGAGAAGAUCGAAAUCCAACAGCAGACGCAGUAAAGCGAGACAAGGUAAGGCAUACACAAAAAAAUCGCAAACCCGCUCCUUGAUUCGGAGGGUCCAAACGACGGUCGACUCGUUUUUCGCCGGACCUGAUGUCGGUUUCUACACUCAACAGUUUUAAGUACAUGUCAUGUCAUCACAAAUCUCCCACUGUGGGAGCGCUAUUGUUUUACACUUGAGACCCACGCGCGAACGCUAGUUUUUUUUAAGUAAGCAUGAAAGUAUAAGAAACUAUACUUAGUUGAAUACGGAAACAGCCAACACUGUUGGCCAAGCACCGAGCGAACCACGAUAGGACAGUUGUUCUAGUUUAAGCAUUUUUUAAUUUUAAUACGAGUAAAACGACGAGAAGAAUAAAUGCUAAAAUGUAAUGGAGAAAACACAAUCAAUCAAAUCGCUUUAUGUCCGAUUAUGUUGUUCUGCUUUAAAAUGGGUAAUGUCUCUACGAUAAGAAGCAAAGUUGUUGAAAUAAUAUUUAACAAUAUUUACACAAAAACAUAAAAAUCACGAGAAGCUUAUAUUGACAGCCCGGAAACUCUCAGUCUAUACAUAUUUAGAGAGCCGUGGCGUCGACAUAUUCGAGAAUAUUAUAUUCGAGCGAGUUUGCUUUUGAUGUUUCAUGUUUGCAAGGAAAUGCUGAAAAAGAAGAAAAUUGAAGCGAUAAACAGGUCAUUUAUUGACACAAACAGCAACAUUGCUUAUAACAUUGAAAGAGGAAAAAAGAGAGAAAUGCGUUUUCGACGCUCCUGAUCGAAUGUAGCUAAAAUUUACAUCAUCUGAUAACAUCAAUUUAAGAAACAUAUUCGCAUACUUUUCCCCGUUUUGAAUCAAACCUUCUUACCAAUUCGGAUCACACUUUUCUUGUAAUUUGCCUCAAAUAACAUAUAUACGAUGAAAUAGUGGAAUUUUUAGCUGAAAAGUAAUAUUUAGCCAACAACAACGUCUACAACAACCAUCGUCGUGUUCAUUGGAAGGAUAUUUUUCGAAGCAGGAAUGGAAGGAAUCAAUUGAACGAGAGACCAACACCGAAGGCAUAUCGCAUCACGCAGACUGGCAACACUUUCCAGCCACAUAGUACGCCGAUCAAAGAUGGCGCUUCCGUGUGCUCGCUAGUUGCCAGUAUUCAUGAUGUGUACAGUCUCUGUAGAAAUCAUUGCAAUAAUAAGAAAAAAAAAAUGAAAGCGAAAUGUCACACCGAAAAGAAUCGUUGCCUUAUUUGUAGUCGUAUUUCUCUCUUUCUUCGACAGCUUGUUUUCUCCCGCUCCCGUAGUUCGCAAUCUAUGUACGUACGAUCCUAGUGCUUUACAGAACUUUUAUUAUUCUUGUAACUAUAAACUAUACUGUGUUUUCUAUUUAUUUCCUAACUGUAAUUAACAUUCCGAGAGCGAUCAUCGCGGAACAGACCGAACGUACUAAGUUAUCUGAAAGCAGAAACAAAUCCCCCUCUAUUUAUUCUAUCAAAAUGUACAUUUCUCUUAUUCGAUCCUACGUUAUCACUUCUUCUCUCUAAAACCUCACUUCUGAAAGUAGUUGAUAAACCGUCAUAACACUUACAUUCAAUUUUUGUUCGAGUGUUACAUACGUUUAUCUGUGGUUGUAUGUCUACAUCUGACACGCCAAGCUGUCUCAAACCGCGUUUCGUGUAACGCUAGGAAAGGAAAUUUUUUGGACUAAAGUCGCAACCAAACACACAAUCACAUAUAUUUUUGUAAUACCAAGCUUUUUGCGCGCAUAAAAUGAUAAGGUUCAUGGAAAAAGCGAGACAUUGGAUGGCGCUCACUACGACCGUCAAUCGUUCCGUUUUGUCGUACUGCCAUUCAAAAUGGCAUUUUUCAACGGUAAAUUGAUUGUAAAUGUAACUGUGCUUUUGUGUAGAACCUAUUGCGAUUAGUAUAUUGUCACAUUUAGUCAUCACAUCCACCCAAUUGUUUAUUUCCUAACACGUAAUCCGAUCCUUUUGUUUUUAGUUGACAAUUUUUCUAUAGUUUCGCCUACAAACUAUGGUUUUUUUUUCAAUAAGUAGUGUAGUUUCUAGAAAUACCACCCCUCAAAUUUGUGUUGUACGCGUCUUUUAGUUAUUAUUUUAUUGUUUGUAAGAGAGAUUUAUUUAUCGCAAAAAAUAAAGAAAAGAAAAAAGAGAAAGCUAUUUGAAACGAUAUAUUGAUGAUGAAAAGAAAAAAAUCUUCAUAUUAGGAUUUAAGGAGUCGCUAAAUUUACUACCCAGCAGAAGAACAUAAGAACGCCAGCUAUGAUGUGGAAAAAGAUAAAGGAAAAUAUUCAAAUCGAUCCUACAAUGGAGCAAGCUAAUCUAUAGAUGUACCGAUCAUGGCAAAAGAGAAUGCAACAAGCUGAAAUCAGAACGAGUAAAAGUGACUAAGUCUAGCUUAUGUGAAAAGUAA